AUGGAGAAUGCCAGCCAGCUCAAACCAACGCCUGUCACUUACGGAGAGCUGUUGAACAUCUCCACCAACUACACCCAUGAGAAUUUCACGUCCAAAGCGGAGGAGAAGGACGCUAAUUUGGCUUUCCAGGCGGGUGUAGCCGUGACCUUAGCGCUCAUAACUUUCGCCACCACGCUCUCCAACGCGUUCGUCAUCGCCACCAUUUACCAGUCCCGCAAACUCCACACCCCGGCCAACUUCCUGAUCGCCUCCCUGGCCGUCACGGAUCUGCUCGUGUCCAUCUUGGUGAUGCCCAUCAGUGCGCUCUACACCGUCAGUCAGACGUGGACGCUGGGGCAGGUGGUGUGUGACAUCUGGCUCUCCUCGGAUAUAACGUGCUGCACCGCGUCCAUCCUCCACCUGUGCGUAAUUGCGCUCGACCGCUACUGGGCCAUCACGGACGCGGUAGAAUACUCCAAAAAGCGCACGCCGGCGCGCGCAGCAGGGAUGGUGGCCACCGCCUGGGUGAUCGCUAUCUCCAUCUCCCUGCCGCCUUUCUUCUGGCGCCAGGUGAAGGCAGAGGAGGUGACGACCUGCAACGUGAACACGGACCACAUUUUCUACACCAUCUACUCCACCUUCGGCGCGUUCUACAUCCCUACGCUGCUGCUCAUCGCGCUUUACGGGAGGAUCUACGUGGAGGCACGGAAGCGCAUCCUGAAGCAGUCAAGCAACAAGCCCGGGAAGAGACUCACCUCCGCGCACCUGAUUACCAACUCCCCCGGCUCGGUGGCGUCCACCACCUCCCUGAACUACGGGACGAACGACACCUCCUCCUGUGACACUACCUCGUCCGCGAACGUGAGCCAAGUCAAAGUCACUGUGUCUGACGCGCUGCUGGAGAAGAAGCGCAUCUCUGCUGCGCGCGAAAGGAAGGCGACCAAAACUUUGGGAAUAAUCCUGGGAGCCUACAUCAUCUGCUGGCUGCCCUUCUUCAUCUACACUCUCUUAGUGCCUGUGUGCGAGUCCUGCUUCCACCCGGAGUUAUUUGACAUUUUCACCUGGCUCGGUUACCUCAACUCCCUAAUCAAUCCCAUUAUUUACACCAUGUCCAACGAGGACUUCAAACAGGCUUUCCACAAACUCAUACGCUUUAAAUGCUGCAGGGCAUGA